AUGCUCUCUGCCUUUACUGCCCGGCCCAUUGUCGAGCUCAAGGCGCGCGACAAGUCGAGGAUCGAGUCCAUCCUCGCAUACGGCGACCGUGUACUUGUUGGCCUGAACACGGGUGCUCUGCGCAUCUACCGUGUGAAUGACCAGAUCGAGGAUGUAGAAGCCGACCGCAAGCAGAACGGCGACCACAACGGUGAAAGCGAGCCUCCAACAGCACCCAAAGCCAGACCUGCCGAUCUCCUACGCGAAGAAGAGAAGUUCUCCCGGCGACCGAUACAACAGCUGGCGAUUAUCAAAGAAGCGAAUAUCCUCGUCUCGCUUUCGGACAACUAUGUCUCGAUACACGAUAUACAAACGUACCAGCUGCAGGAGAAGCUAGAGAAGACUCGGGGUGCGACUACCUUUGCGGCGGCAAGUAAUAUCGUCAAGGAUCCUUCAACGGGCAUACCAUCCAUUGUGAGCCACCUGGCUGUGGCGGUGAAGCGGAAGAUCAUACUGUGGACAUGGCAGGACAUGGAGUUAACGGGCGACGCGGUGGAGAUCUCGCUCAUUGCUUCUGUCAAGAGCCUGACGUGGGCGACAGGGACAAAGAUUGUCGCUGGCAUGGAUCCCGGCUUCGUCAUGGUUGACAUCGAGACGCAGGAGGUCCAAGACAUAAUCAAGCCAGGCGCGCUGGCAGAGAAUGGGAGCCAGGGCGGAGCACGUUUUGGCGCUGUCUCGUCGUCAGGCAUGGGAUACAUGGGCAUGGGAAGUUGGGUGCCCAAACCACUCGCGACACGACUUGGAGAGGGCGAAUUGUUGCUGGCCAAGGACGUCAACAGCCUGUUCAUCGACACAGACGGAAAUGCCCUCGAGAAACGACAAGUGCCCUGGCAGUCUGCCCCUGAGACAAUCGCGUAUUCGUACCCGUAUAUGCUCACACUGCUGCCACCGUCCAAGGGCAGUCUGGAAGUCAGGAAUCCGGAUACGCUGAACUUGCUACAGAUGAUCUCACUACCAAACGUCAGCUUCCUUCACGUGCCGCAGCCCAACAUCAGUCUAGCCCACGCCGGGAAGGGUUUCCUCGUUGCGAGCGAUCGAUGUAUAUGGCGGAUGGGAGCGCAGAGCUACGAAACACAGAUUGAUGAGCUCGUCGCCAAUGGGCGCUACGACGAGUCGCUAAGUCUGCUGAAUAUGCUCGAAGACACUCUGCUCCUCGAUAAAGAGGAGAGGGUUCGGGAGAUACAAAUCUUGAAAGCCCAGGCCUUGUUCGACCAGAAGAAGUACCGUGAAGCCAUGGAACUUUUCGUCGACGCCAAAGCACCGCCUGAGCGCGUCAUCGCAAUGUACCCCCGAUCCAUCGCUGGCAAUCUAGCGCCAGAAGAAAGCGUAAAGGGCGACGGAAGCGUGGCCGACGAGGAAGAAACCAACGGAGAGAAGCCCGCCAAAGAACAAGAAGAAAGCACACCCGCCCCUGUAGCUACCAUCGGCCGCUCAAUGAUGGGUCGUUUCGGCGUUGGAGGACACAAGAAAGUCGAUUCGGACACAGCUUCCAUACGCACCAACUCGGCCAAAGACGACACCAUGGAAACAGCCAGCAUCCGGAAGAGACCAACAGACCCCUCCUCCCAGCCAGAUAAACCCGCCGCCGUUGAAAAAGAGUUCAAAGACUCUGUUCGCGCGCUACAGUCGUUUCUUACUCAAUGUCGUGUCCAGAUCAAACGGUAUAUAGACACCGAUGGUAAUCUGAAGGAACCUCUCCCUACGCCCAGUGGCAGUCAGCUCGAAGCUGAUAAACCACCCUUCCACAUUUUCAUCGAAGAGUCCUCCCUCACGUCUCCCAUAGACUGGAAAGCCAAGCUCCUUGACGUUGCCCAGCUCGUCGACACAACGCUUUUUCGCGCGUACAUGAUUGCGAACCCCAGUGUCGCAGGCUCUCUAUUCCGUCUCCCCAACUUCUGCGAACCAGACGUUGUGCAGGAGAAAUUGUACGAGACGGGGCGGUAUGCCGAUUUGAUUGAUUUCCUGCAUGGCAAGAAAUUGCAUCGGCAAGCUCUGGAGCUUCUCGAGAAAUUCGGCAAGAACGAGGCGGACGAAGAGGUGAGUCCGCAGUUGCAAGGCCCGACUAGGACGGUGGGCUAUCUACAAGCAUUACCGCCAGAGCUUAUCGAUCUUAUCCUGGAAUACGCGGAAUGGCCACUGAGGAUUGACCCGAAGUUGGGCAUGGAAGUCUUCCUCGCUGAUACACAGAAUGCGGAGGAGCUGCCGAGGGACCGUGUCCUCGAGUUUCUGCAAAAGAUUGAUACAAGACUUGCGGUCAGAUACUUGGAACAUAUCAUCGAAGAGCUCAACGAUCUUAACGUGGACUUUCAUCAGAGACUUGUUGAUCUACUCCUGGAAAGACUUAAAAGUGGGGAGUUUGACAACGACGAGGAAAAGAUGGAUUGGAAGCACAGGCUUGAGGUUUUCCUGAAGAAGGGGAAUGCGCAGUACAAUCGGUAUAGGGUGUUUCAGCAGUUGCCUGGGAAUGAUCCGGAUUACUACGAAGCUCGAGCCAUCGUCCUGAGCAAAAUGGGAUCGCAUAAGCAAGCCCUGGCGAUCUAUGUCUUCCAAUUGAAGGACUACCAAAAAGCUGAGGAAUACUGCAACCAGGUCUACACGGCACCACCCACCACACCCACCUCGCCCAACUUGUCCCACUCCCAAUCCCCUCCAGCAACAAGAGGCUCAAUCGAAGACACGGAGCUAUCCAUCUACCACGUCCUACUCCCCCUCUCCCUGCAACCCCCACCGCCGCACCAACCAAACUGGCCCCCAGCUCUCGACCUCCUCUCGAAACAUGGCGCAAGACUGCCUGCAGCAACUACUCUGGAUUUGAUCCCCCCAACUCUGCCUGUCAAAGACCUCGAAUCCUACUUCUUCGGACGCAUCCGAAAUGCAAACUCGCUCUUGAACGAAGAGAGGAUAGUCGCGCAGCUCCGCGGCGUAGAAAAGGUUGCUGUGGAAUCGGCCGUGUUGCUCGGCCCAGAGAGUAAGAGGGACAUGUACGGUAGGAGCGUGCCUGGGGGGUUGAACAGGCGUGUCGUUAUCGAUGAGGAUAGGCAUUGUGCGGUUUGCCAUAAGAGGUUUGGUGGGAGUGCGAUUCGUGUCUUUCCAGAUAACAGUGUGGUGCAUUCGGGAUGUAUGAGGGGGAGCGUGGGGCUGGGGAUCGGUGGUGUGGGAGGGGGGAGGAGGUCGGCGAGUGGGGUGGGUGGAAGUGGAUGGCGGUAG